UGAUGAUUAAGCUAAACUUUCAAAGUUCGUCUGAAAAGCAGCGAGUCCAUCAGAUCUCUAAUGGCGUCCUCCACCAAAGUUGAAUCUAACGGAGAAGAUGAAGCCCUGGAUGACGAGGAGGUUGAACACUUCGAUGAUUUUACUAUAGCGUCAACUUGGGAAAGAUUCAUUUCUGAAAUCGAGGCAGUUUGUCGACAAUGGAUGGCUGAUGGUCCAAAUAAUUUGUUGAAAAAGGGUUCAACUCAGUUAGAAAUCUCAACUAACCUAUAUAAGGUUAAAUCUGAUCUUAAGUGUGAUAAUAAAAACUAUACGAUGGAAUACUACUUUGGAAAUAGCAAUCAUGGCAAAGUUGUGGACUGGGAAUUAAACUUGCAUGAAUUACAGUUAUGCUUUGGGGUACAAGAGUUUUUGGUGAUUGCUCCUCAAAGUAUUAGUGGUGUUAUUCUCGAUUCACCUGAAGCCAGCAAGCUUUUAAGUGCAGUUGCAAUUGCUUUGACAAACUGUUCCAGUUUUUGGCCAGCUUUUGUUCCAGUACAUGAUCCAUCCAGAAAAGCAUACAUCGGUAUCCAAAAUAUGGGAACAACUUUUACUAGGAGAUUCGAAGCAGAUCGCGUUGGUACCCAAGUGCCAAUAAAACUUAUGCAUUUGGAAGGAUUGUACGAGUUGUUUGUUUCAAAGUUUGCCUACUCCUCUGUGGACAUUCCUACAAAUUUCUUCAAAGUCCAUUUUACUAUGAAGCUUACCUUCAGAAUCCUCCUAUCUGAUGAUGAUGACAUCCGCAGAGCUGAUGCUGACAUGUCAGAAUCAGCACAAGAAAAUGCUGUUGGUACUCACGGGAAAGUGCAGUGGGACGAUGACUGUCCAUGGAGUGAAUGGUAUUCCUCAGAAGAUCCUGUGAAAGGAUUUGAAUUGAUUGCCUCAUGGUCAGAGAAGAUGGUUGAGAGCUCCUUGGAAAUGGCUGAGUUGGAAAAUUCUUCACCUCAUGAAGCUAAGAAAUGGAUUUUGUUUCCAAUUCUAUCACCGAAUAUAACCGAUAGCACCAUGGGAAACCGAGUCGGAUUUUCUACUCAGUUGUAUCUUCUAAUUGAUGCAUUGGAUAUGUCCUUCCAAGCUCAAUUUAUGGAAGAUUUUGUCUCAGUUGAGAACCCAGGUUCAGAUAAUUUGAAAUCUUCUACAGUAGUACCUCCACCCACAGUUAUCGAUCGUGUGCUUAAAGAACUCUUCCAUGAAGGGAAAAAAUCCCCUUACUUUGCCAAGGGUGAGCACAGGAAUUCUCAAGCAAUUAAAGCUGCACCUGUCGAUUCUCUUUUUGCUCAGUUUUGUUUACAUGUUCUAUGGUUUGGAAACUGCAACAUACGUGCAAUAGCUACGCUCUGGGUUGAGUUUGUUAGAGAAGUCAGAUGGUGCUGGGAGGAGGUCCAACCAUUGCCACGAAUGCCAAUUAGCAGUUCGAUUGACCUUUCUUCUUGCUUAAUUAAUCAAAAACUGCAAAUGCUGGCUAUAUGCAUCGAGCGGAAGCAUCAGUCCAUUGAGGAGUUUCAGGAUUGUCUUGGGAGCCAAGAUCCUGAAUCUCCUCGUGAUGAGGAUGAUGGUUCAGUUUCCGAAGACUUUUCCAUUAUGCAGACGCCUGGUGAAAAUUUUGAUGGGAAAUGUGACAGCCAUUUGUCUUCAGAGGAUGAAUUGGAAUCUAAAGCAAAUCUGUUGAAAGAUAGUACCAAGUCUGAAGAUUUAAUAACAUUUACUGAUCAAAAGUCACCGGAUUCAAUGAGAAGGGGUUCAGCAGGCAUUGUAGGAAACAUGAUGCUUCUAAAUUCACACCAGAUUAUGCAUGCACCAUUCACACAGGAUGUACCACUUAUGACGGAGGACAUGCAUGAAGAAAGACUCCAAGCUGUGGAGGCCUUCGGUGAUUCUUUUGACUUUUCUGCUCAGUUGGAGAAAGAUAUUCUAUCUUCAGACAUGUCAGCAUUUAAGGCAGCAAAUCCUGAUGGUGUCUUUGAAGAUUUUAUUCGGUGGCACUCACCUGGAGAUUGGGAGGAGGAAUCUGGUCCCAAGGACGAGGAUUUACCUGAUGGCUCAGCAACAGAAACUUCAAAAAACAACUGGCGUCCUCGAGGACAUCUUUCAAAACGCAUGUCUGAGCAUGGGAAUUUAUGGCGACAACUAUGGAAUGAUGCACCUGCUUUGCCUGUUUCUGAACAGAAGUCGCUGCUGGAUCCAAAUAGAGAAGGGGAAAAGAUUCUUCACUAUCUGGAGACAUUACGACCGCAUCAAUUACUUGAGCAAAUGGUUUGUACUUCCUUUAAAGCUGCAGCGGAUACAUUAAGUCAAACUAACUAUGGAGGAUUAAAACUGAUGAAAACAAAAAUGGAGCAACUUUACAGUACCAUGGCAUCUGUUUUGAAGUUCUUGCAAGGAAAUCGUUUGUCUGCUGAGAGUGAGGUUAUUGAUGACCUUAGACGGCUAUGUGUUGUUUUUGAACAUGUGGAGAAGUUGAUGGCUCUAGCAGCUUCUCUCCAUCGUAAAUUCUCACAGGCACCACGUCUCUCUGAAGUGAUUUUCAAAGAUUACUUCGACUUUUACCUGCCAAGAAUGGGAACUGGGUCUUCAGGCAGCAAAUUUAAAACGGAGUUUAAUAAGAAGCAGCUAGUAAGAAGCCAUGAAAGAGGAGUGAUAUCAAGCAUGUUCACUCCUCCAACAGCUAGUCAAUCAUGGAGGAAGGUUUUGAGCAUGGGUAACCUUUUCAAUGGCCACGAACCAAUGCUCAGGGAGAUCGUCUUUUCAUUGCGAGAUCGUGUCAAUGGAAACCAUUAUGCAGAUUCUACUCCUACAGCUCGAGAGGAAGAAAUAGACACACAUCGAAUGUACAUAAACGGUACUGCUAACGAUCUUCGCAUAGCUCUCUCUGUUACUUCAUGUGAUUAAAUCUCUUCAGUAAUUUCAACGCAUAAUCAUAUAAUUAAAAAAUUAUUUAUUGAUUGAUUUAAAUGUCACAACCUUUUAGGUUUUUCCUCA